UUAUUCUCUUUUCCCAGUUUCUCAAAGUGAAAGGUUACAUUUGCUAGUACAUUGUUAGUGUAGAUUAAAUGCCCUUCAUUGAAGAAUCCCCCAUAUAUUUCAUUCAUCAUCGAGCGCAGCACAAUCGUCACCCACCCCAGCCCAGCCUCGCGCGAUCGUUCGAUCUCUCGACGCUCCAUUAAUCGAGUCUCGCAUUCGAAGGGAAGUCAGUCAGCUGGGGAGGGCGAUGAGGGGGUGAGUGACAAAAAAAAGAGAGAGAAAGAAAGAAAGAAAGAACGAACGAAAGAAAGAAAGCAAGCAAGAAAGAGAAAAACUGCCUCUCUUUCUUCCGACAGAGCACCUCCAUCCCCAUGAUCUCAUGAAUAAAUUAUAGCGACUCAUUGUGCAAUAGAGGGAGGAAUGCAGUCGAGCAGACUCGCGCGCACACAUACACACGCACGCGCGCGCAGGAGCAGCAGCAGAAGCAGCGCGAGAGCAGCCGCGACUCUUUGGAUUUACACAAAAACAUUUCAUUAAAACACUCAAAUGCUGGGAGACGGAACGCUUAGGGUGUUUUAUUCCACAACGUAUGGAUCAUAUAAAUAGAAAUCCGACACUUUCACAAAUAAUAUGAUCCAGUUUUAACGGUUUUAACGUACUCGCGCGGCUUCCGAUUUCUGAGGUAACCGUAGAUAUCCAAGAAAAGACAGAAACGGCUGCGUUUUUAUCCGUUAUAACCCAGCGAGGAUCGAAAUACGUCCUCAUCUUUUGUUUUUGAACAUUACGAGGGGAUUUUCUCACAAGCAAAGCCGAACUCGGAAUCAAAUCCAGCCAACAGAUCAACCUCGGGCAGCCGAAGUGGAAGACUGCCUGCUAGGUUGAGGAGAUUCGGGGUGUCCCAUAGACCCCUAGGUUCCUCCGAUGAACCCCAUCAACUCCAUGAAACCUGCCCUGCCUCCAACGCCACACAGUGACGCCUCUUACCCAUAUGAUCCUGUCCCCUGGCAACAAGGCCCCAAUCAGCCUGCCGGCUCCCUCUCUGUGGUAACCACAGUGUGGGGGGUAACCAAUCCUUCACCCAGCCAGGUUUUUGGUGCUCCCAUGGGUCCAGGCGGAAACUCAGCUGGUGGUCACAUGAUGCCUGGCAACAGCCCGGGCAUGAACUCCCCUCAGUUCAUGAGCCAGCAGGGCUACCCCGAGCCCAACAAGGGCUUCAUGCAGCAGGGCAUGUACGGGCGCCCCAGCGGGGGAUACCCGGCCGGGCCUGGAUAUGGGGGCAGUUACCCGAAUAAUGGAGGGGGUUCUCUCGGGAUGCCGCCCCACGGAGUCCGCCCGCCCACCGACUUCACCCAAGCGGCUGCCGCAGCUGCCGUGGCCGCAGCCGCUGCCACAGCCACGGCCACUGCCACAGCAACUGUCGCUGCGAUACAGGAAAAGCAAAACCAGGAGCUGAACUACGGGCCUAUGGGUGGUGCUUCCUCUUACAACACCCAGUUCCUGUCGCACUCCGGACCCCGGGGCCCGCCCGGCAUGGCCCCCUCUGGAAUGGUCGGCUCCAGACCCCCUUCCAUGGGACCCAUGUACCCACAGCAGGGCCAGAGGUUGCCGCAGCAUCCCGUCUACCCUGGAGGUCAGCAGGGUCCUCCGCGCCACCAGCAGGGCCUGAAACGCCCCUACAACUCUGACGGAUUUCCGGGUCAGCAGUACGGUCCCGGUAUGGGAGGUGGGGGCCCGUACCCAGGCCAGCCCAUGCAGUACCACGGCCCUGGACCACAGCGGUCCGCUCCUUCCCCGUCUUACCCAACCCACCGAAUGCCCCUCCAGCAACCCAAUAUGGGCCAGUAUCCUGCAGGACCAGGAAACCCCAACCAGUACUACAAGCAGGCGGACCAGUUUAAUGGACAGGGCAACAGCCACAGCAGUCUGUCCUCAGGAGUUUCGGGAGCCGGGUACAGCACCUUCAACCAAGCCGCUGUCAACGGGCCCGGACGUGCGAUGCCAGGAUACCCCAGCUCUCCUCUCCCAGGAAACCCCACUCCUCCCAUGACACCCGGGAGUUCGAUGACCCCAUAUUUGUCCCCUGGCCAAGACGUCAAGUCACCCUUCCUCCAUGACGUCAAGCCCAACAUUAACUCUUUGCAGCCCCCUACAGGAAACCCCAGUGAUGACCUGCGCCUGACCUUCCCUGUACGGGACGGGGUGGUGUUGGAGCCCUUUAGAUUGGAGCACAACCUGGCUGUUAGCAACCACGUCUUCCAGCUGCGAGACUCCGUGUAUAAGACCCUUAUGAUGAGGCCUGACCUGGAGCUGCAGUUUAAGUGCUAUCACCAUGAAGACCGGCAGAUGAACACCAACUGGCCGGCAUCGGUGCAGGUGAGCGUCAAUGCCACCCCUCUCACCAUCGAGCGCGGGGACAACAAGACCUCCCACAAACCCCUUUACCUGAAGCAAGUGUGCCAGCCGGGACGCAACACCAUCCAAAUAACGGUCACGGCCUGCUGCUGUUCUCAUCUGUUCGUGCUGCAGCUGGUUCACAGGCCGUCUGUGCGCUCCGUGCUUCAGGGUCUGAUGAAGAAGAGGCUCCUUCCAGCGGAGCACUGUGUCACUAAGAUUAAGAGGAACUUCAGUAGCGGUACCAUCCCAGGAACUCCCGGCCUUAAUGGCGAGGAUGGUGUGGAACAGACAGCCAUCAAGGUAUCGCUCAAGUGUCCGAUCACCUUCCGACGCAUCCAGCUUCCUGCCAGGGGCCACGACUGCAGACAUAUACAGUGCUUCGACCUGGAAUCGUACCUGCAGCUCAACUGUGAGAGAGGAACUUGGCGUUGUCCUGUGUGCAAUAAAACAGCCCUUCUGGAGGGGCUAGAAGUGGACCAGUACAUGUUGGGCAUUCUGAUCUACAUCCAGAAUUCGGACUAUGAGGAGAUCACCAUUGAUCCGGUGUGCAGCUGGAAGCCAGUCCCGGUGAAACCAGACCUACACAUUAAAGAGGACCCAGAUGGCCCUGCCCUGAAACGCUGUCGCACCUUGAGCCCUAGUCAUAUGAUCUUGCCCAGCGUCAUGGAGAUGAUUGCAGCUUUAGGCCCGGCCUCCUCGCCUUACCAGUCUAUGCCACAAGGUGGCAGCAGCAGCACGCCUGAUUAUCCCAGCCAAGGUGGCUCAGGAUAUUCCAACCAACCAGGCUUCUCAGAUUUCCCCAAUGCCCCCGGCACACCGACCCUGGGGGAGUUUGCCUCUGGGCCGCCCCCUCUCUCCUACCAGUCUGACCUGCCGAGUGGCCUCCUUACCCCUGAAAAACCUGUGGGACACCCGAUGUCAGGACAGAUGCCCCAUUCUAGUCGCAUGGACCCUUCCCACAAUCCCCUUCAACAGCAGCAGCAGCAACAACAGCAGCAGCAGCAACAGCAGCAUCAACCUCUCCAUGGUAACUCCAACAUGGGUGGCCCCGGUGGACCCAUGCACUCCCGCAACUCCUCCCAGAACCCCCGGAUGCACACAGACAGCUUUGGGCUGGGGGGCCCCGGGGGACCCGGCGAUGUUUCGGAGCCGGCCCUUGAUCUUCUCCCAGAGCUGACAAACCCAGAUGAGUUGCUGUCCUACUUGGGUCCUCCAGACCUUCCCAACAACAGUAAUGAUGACCUGCUCUCUCUGUUCGAGAGCAACUGAGCCCCCCCUCGUCCUGCUCAUUCAUCAGUCGCACAUUGCCGUCCAACACACAGCCUCCCUGACCCCUCACACUCCCGGCUCAUCGAGGGGAGCUUUGGGAAGCCUAACAGAUAUCCGAUUGCGUCUUGGCACUGUUUCCUCCUGAGACUGGAAUGCAGUGACUCAUGGGAAGGUGCAACGAAGAUCUUUUUUUUUUGUUUUACUUUUCCUCCUGUGACAAUGUUACUGUUUGUCUGCUUCUCUGAACUCGGUCGAGAUUUUAUUGUGAAUUUCAGUUUGAAAGAGUUCCCUCUCUUCUCUCGAAUCAUUUGUAGAAAGACUCCUCAUCUCACAUCAGACUCGUGUGGUGUAAAUGACAUUGUGUGGGGUGGGUCAUUGUUUGUUUGUUUUUUUCAUUGCAGCUCCUGUUUUAAAUCUAAAUUAGAUGAGGAAUUCACUUCAGUGCUGAUCUAAAGUACUACACUUCAGAAAUCACACGGGGAAAGCCAAAGUGUCUCUGUUGUAACUUGAAGAAAACAAACACGGAUAAACAUAAUUCUCUUAAUAAACAGGCAGACUUAUGUUUUUUUUCUUUUUCUGCCCAAAGAAGACCACAAACUAGCUCCAUGUGAUGUAACAUGGUUUUAAACCACAAAUGACUUGAUCUUAAGUGAAUUUUACUUGAAGACCUCAAGUGUAGCCUUUUUCCUUUUAAACGUGCUAAUAGAGGCAAUCACAAUGUGUCAGACCUUAAACAGUAGCAUUAAAGAAGUGCACUAUUACAUUUUGCACACCACACCAAGCCCUUCAAGAGUUACCGUAUUUGCCUACACACGAAGGAAAUUGAAGGCAGAGUCUUCUUUUGUGACACGCGCACAUCUCAAGCCACACUAUGUGUGUGUUUUGGCACAAACUCUGACUAAUUUUAUGCCACACCCUGCGCUCUGUUUUCGUCUGUCUCGUUAGUUUCAUUCCCCCUCAGUGUUCUUUUUAAAAAAUGGUCUUCCUCCCCUGUGGGCUUAUGGCCACGAGGUCUGGAUUUCUAGCAUUAUUAAAAAAAAAAAAAGGACUAGUAUCCUUGAUCGUCGUCGGCUCAAAUCACACCCUCACUUGCUGACACAUUUCACUCGCCCUUAAAUAUGCAAGUUUGGGCUGUUAUUUGGUAGAAAAUCAGUUUUCUUUGUCAACAAAAUGUGUGAAGCUUUGAAACCAGACAGAGCACAAGCAGCCCAGUAGCACCUUGUAGACAGGUUAUAAAACACACAAAUGCACACAAAGACAUUUUUUGGACUAACACCUUCCCGUGGUGAGAUUUUGCUCGGACAAUUCUGGGUGGGUGGGAGCGUCACAACAGGAAAUGGACUAAUGUUUAUAGCCGCUCUCAUACUUGAGGAGGAAAACAUUGGGAUUCAUGUGAAAUAUGUACAGAUAUAGUAUUAUUAUUGUCGCAGAUGUGAACUUUCUCUUAACCCCAUAUGGAAAAAAGGACAUUUUAAACACUAUGACAAGAGCUCAUGUCAGACAUGCGCUUCAUUCCCCCCGUUUUCCAUUCAGAGCUCGCUUUCUCGGCGUGGAGGGGAGAUGAGUCUGCUGUCGAUUCCUGUCUUGUCUGAUUUUAUUAUUUAUCAUUGCUCUUUGGGCACCGUUAGCGAAGUGCAGUUUGUAUAUUAACAAUACAGGGAGCAUCAGGAGUCGUCGGAUGUGCUUUUGUUCUUUUUUUCGUUUGUUUGAAGUCAUUUGUGUAUCAUACAAUUUUAUCUUUGAUUAUAUAAUAAUUGUUAUUAUAAUUAUAAAGAUAAUCGAUGGGCCUGUAUGCAUCUCUCUUCUGUGUUAACUAGCAGAGUUUAUGAAUUUGUUAGAAAGAGAAAAAAAAAUGAAUUCACCAUCAAAAUCUGUGACCAUGAUCAUGAAAAACUGAGAAACCAGCAUCACUUGUUGAUCAAACUGUUCAAAAAGAUGUUUGACUGUCAUGUGUUGGUGGAUCAUUAAGUUCUAUCAAUUGAAUUAAACAUGUACAAUUGAAAUCGAUUUGUUUUUCUAAAGAUGUGAAAUAUUUCCAUUAUGUUUUAUAAGUAAAGACUUAAGCCCCA